GGAGGCGUGAACUGAGGCGGCGCUGCGGAAGCUGAGGAGGGCAACGCGCGGGAGUAGGGGCGAGGAGCGUGGUGGCGGCUGCGGCUGGCCGCUCAGAGGACCCGGGCGGAGGUGUCUGAGAGCAGGGCCGCCGGCGCUCCCGACCAGCUCUGAGCAGGCGCCGUGGCAGCCCCCGCGCCUCCCCUGCCCGCCAUCCGCCGUCGCCAGGACGCAGGCUCGCGUCAGGGCGGGCGACUGGGCUCGCGGCCGUCGGCCUGGCGUCUCCACCACCAGCAGUCUGCCUCGCCGCGACUUCCCCGCUCCCGACCUGCCGGGCCCUGACCCUGGCGGAGAAUCUUGAGACUUUUUAUCUAAUUGGUCAUUGAUAUCUUAACAAACAUGGAGGUAAGAUUAGAAAUUUUGACAUCAACAAGCAUUAAGCAGAAAAGACCAUGGCCACGUGUCUCCUGGUUGGGAAAGGAAAAAGAAGCUGUUUUUCUUUUGGAUGAUAAAUUUGUAAAUGAAAUUAAUUUGCUAUCAGGAAAGGUAAAGAAGAAAAUUCCUAGUCUGCAACCUUUGUUGAAGGAUGCUAUUGUCCUAACAACGUCCAGUAAUGAUGCCUGGCUGGCUGGGAUACUCAUUACAGGAGAGCUUUUUCUUUGGAACAAAGAUCAAGAUUGUUUGAAAACUAUACCAAUAACUGAAAAGCCUAAGGAAAUGAUCAAAGCUACAGUAGCAAGCUCUUUGAGACCAUACUUGUAUGUAUCUGGAAAUGGGAAAAGAAUUCUGCUCAUAACACCUUCUGGAUGCAUAUUUCUUUGGGAAUAUUUGGAAUUAAAGAAUAUCUUGGCUUCUAAAAGCCUUUCAUUGGUGGGUCAGUGGUCCCAGGUCAUACCUGAAGAAGCAGUUCUCUUGCCUUCCACUGAAGAUAAAGAAGCUGUAGUGAAUGCUGUUUUUAUAAAAAACGAGUUAUUUGGAGACUGCUGCCUGUGUUCAUUUACUUUUUAUUCUGGGGAGUGCUUGAAGUUAACAUUUCUAGCAAUUCGAUGGCAUGAGAAUGUAUUUACAUCUAUAAGAUCAUUGCCAUACCAUGUUCACUGGGCUCAACAAGACUGUCAUCUCUGCAGUCUAAUUCCUAAAUGUGAAUCAGUAAAGUCAAGAGGAUCUCUAAUUUCUGCCUUUUCAAGAGAUGGCCUUACUCUGGCAGUAACUCUUAAUCAGAAAGACCCCAAGGCAACUCAGGUAUUAUUUAUAAACACACUGAAUUUUGUUACUCUCUGUGGUAGCCUUAAAGGGUGUAGUAACAAGAGUCCCGUUGUGCCAACUGCACUUAUUAGGUCCUACUGGGUAGGUGAUAUCAGCUGGACGCAUGAUAGUCUUUUUCUGGCUUGUAUGUUAAAACGUGGCUCUCUGGUUUUAUUGACCUGCCAAGGUGAAUUGCUAACAUUGAUUACAUUUGGUUGCUCUAUAGAAUUUGGGCCAGCAGAAUUUAUUCCUCUUCAUCCACUAAUAACAUAUAGACCACAGCAGUUUACAUUUCAAGAUUCAAAUAAUUCUAUAGAUUCAUCAGCUUCUGAUACUGACCCUAUGAGACAGAGAUUUUCUAUAAAAGCACACUCACGGUUACCCUACCUCGUUAUAUCUGAUGGAUAUAUGGUCACAACCCUUCGAUUUCUUGAUAACCUGUCUCCAUCAGUGCACAUGAGAUCACUUCUACUUGAUUCAGCCCAGAGGCUUGAGAAAAUAUAUCAGAGUGUGAUAUUGUCUAAGCCAAAAGGCAAAGGACUGAACUUGCGAUCACUGAAUUCCCUAAGGUUUAGUCUGUUAAAACACCAAGGAAAUGAAAGUUCAGCUGCUUUUACUGUCCCCAGAUUCUUGCAGGCAGAAGAAACAAUGAAUUUAAAUGAAAAUACAGCAGAUUUUCAGGAUUUUGAAGCAGAAGAAACUGAUGAAGACAGACACUUUCCAGACAACUUAUUUCCUUUUUGGAACAAAAGAGAUGAUCUGCUGUGUAGUAGUAUCAAGGAAGGAAGAUUGGAAUUUGCAUCUAUGUUUGAUACGAUACAUGCAAAGGAUGAUAGUGAGGAGACAGAUAGAACCAUUACAGUACUGCAUUCUAUCCAGAAAAAUCUACUUGCAGCAUGGACUAUAGGAAUUUCAAAAACUGUGACAGAAAAAAAUUUAAUGUUAAAUUACAUAGUAGUUUGUAUCACUCAUUUUUUUUACAUUCUUCAAUUUAUAAAAUGUCCUUUUCCCAAAUUUGACCUUUUUUUAAACAAAAGCUCAAGACAUAAUGCAUGGAUACUUUGUAUCUUUCAACUUUUUCAUCAGUGUUUAUCAAUCCGUUAUUGGGAUAUAAGAUACAAACAAGAUGUGGGGCAUUUGAUAAAGCUAACCUCAAAUACUAUAAAACUUUUGCUGACUCAGCAACAGAAGGGUCAGUUAUUCUCAGAGAAACUUUUAGCCUGUUUUUAUUUACUCAAAAUGGUAGCUGACAAUUUAAAUGGUGUAUACAGUCUUCAACCUGAAGUUAUUUCAGCAUCAGCUGAUGGAAGUAAAAUAACAGAUCAAGACUCAUUGGUGGUACCUAUUUUUCAAAUGUUUCGAGAUAGUAGUUCUCAGGAAAACUGGUCUUGGAACUCAUUUUUCAAGAUUCAUCCUCAAGUAGUAAGUCCUGUGCAACAGCCAGGACACAGAUUGAUUGUUCUCUGGAGAGUAUUGUACAAAAAAACUUUAUGGUAUCAAGCACAAUUAAAUCGAAGAGUUCCUGAAGGUGAUAGUCAGUUAACUGAAAAGUUGACACAUGAAGCAUCUACUGUCAAGUCCCUGUUAUGUCAUUUGCAGGCAAACCUACAGACUACUGGAGAUCACUUGAACCAAACCUUAGAACUUAAAUCUAUUGAUGGGGAAGAGUGUUUCUUAUUAGGAUCAUAUGAAAAGUCUGUUCAGCUGUGGAAAGACGCUCUACAAGAAAUCCAAGAGAAAGGAGGAAGAAGGACGUAUUUUCUUCAGAUACGCUAUUAUCUUUCCCUCUUAUACUGCCACCUCUAUAGUUAUAAUUUAAAUGAUGCUCAAGGAUUGUGUGAUCACUUAGCAAGAGAAAUCCUGAGAUGGUCCCAACUACCCGUAAAAGAAAAUAAAGAAUUUUCAGGUGCUGUGAAGUCUCAUUUUGAGUGUGGAAUGACGGACGGUGUUCAUCCUGAGGCAGCUGUGAGAGUUGUCCAGUCCAUGGCUCGUUUCAUGGCUGCCUAUUUCACCAAUCAGCAGCUUUGCAUUUUGCCACCUCACCAUGUGAAUGUUCUUCCUCCACUUCAUAUUAAAACAGAGCAGUCCUUUCGACUUAUUCCUCUGCAACACUGUAAGGUGGCCAGUGUUGUUAGAGAUCAGAAGCUCUCUAAUGUGUGGACAGUUGACUAUGCACUUGAAUUACUAUUUAUUGGUGGCCUGGUUCCAGAGGCUGUGUGGUUGACACAUAAACUUGGAGACUGGAAGACAUCUGUUUCAAUUGGUGUGGCUUUCCAGCUGUUCUGUAAACAUGAUAGCAAUUUUAUGAGGUCCAAGAAAAAGAGUCAGAAUCUACCACUAAAUAUGACUCCAGCACAGAUUUUUCAGGAAAAGCUGCAGUGUUUUUUAGGUCAACCAGCCUCUUUAGAAACAAAAAAUGAAAUGGGCUCAAAAUAUAAACAGUUUACAGAUCCCGUUGAAGAGGAAGAUGCAAAUCUACUAUUUGGUUCAAUACAAGAAGUACUGAAAGCAUCAGUUAUGGCUGAUGCAGAUAUUCUUUCAGAGACAUUUCAACUUCUGAUAGACUCUGCCAAGGACUUCAGUAAGAGACUGUGGGGCUUAGUGCCCGUUGGCUUGUAUCUUCCAGCUCCUCCAUUGUACUGUCCCCAGCCAGCUAUUCUUAGUGAAGAAGAUGGUGAUGAUCUUCUUUUAAAAGCUGAAAAAGAUAAUCGCCAAAAGGUAUCUGGAAUCCUUCAGCGUGUUCUUCUGCUUUUCCGGGCGGCUCAGUGCUCUUUUCCUAUAGCACAGUGGUAUAUCUUGCAGUUGAGGUGGGCAAGAAAAGUCAUGCAUAAGAUUCGAAUGAAAGGAUCCCUUCCUUCAUUGAGUCCUUUUCCUCAGUCAUUACUUAAUUACUGUAAAGGAGAUAUCACAUUCUUUAGACCUGGAGCAGCUGGAGAUCACAAGCUUGAUGAAGCUUCCAUUAGAGCAAUAGGUAGCUUCAGAGAACUUUGUGCUUUGUGUUGGAUUCUGCAUGUCCGUGAUAAGUUAUCCUAUAAUUGCAGGCAAUAUCAGAAAGCAAGAGAAAAUGUAAAGGGAGAAAAGGACCUCAAAGUGGAGUUUGAUUCUUGUAUGGUUGAGCACUGUCUUAGUGCGGUGGAAUGGGCUUAUAGAAUGCUACCUUUCUCUCGGUUUUUUAAUAUGGAAGAACUUAUUCAGGAUAUAAUUUUGAGCCUUAUUGGAGAACUGCCACCAAUUAGAAAGGUAGCAGAAAUUUUCGUGAAAGCAUUUCCCUGUCCUGAAGAUGUGAGGGUUCCCUUAAGAGACAAAUAUCACUCUCUUCACCAGAGACUCAGACACUGUGUUGUGAAAGUGUCAAGAAAUGUCCCAAAUUGCAUGGAAUUAGCAUCGAUUGGUAAGCCCCCUGAUAAAAAGAAAAUGUGUAAUCAGAAAGAAAAUCCUGCAAGGAAAGAAGAUCAUGAAAAGUUAUUACGAAAUACACUUCCUGUAAUAGGUGUUUGGGAAUUUGAACGUGAUGAUGAUGAAUAUAUUAAAUUCCUUGAUCUCUUCUUGAGUUACAUUCUUGAAAGAGACCUACUUAAUUUGAGGGAUGCUGGCAUUCCAUUUCUAACCAGUUUUUCUGAAAAGCUUAGAGAACAUGAACUUAAUUCUGUACUUUUUGAUGUACGUGCAACAUUGAAACGACGUCAGGGCAAAACUAAAAGCCAGAAUGUGUUUAGAGCUGGUUCUUGCUUUGUUGUUGAUCCUGAGUCCUCUGAAGCAGAAAAAUCAUCCUCUCUAAAUGAUGAAUAUGGCACACAUUUAGAAAACCAGGCACUUUCAUCAUCAGUACUGGUUAAUCAAGGGAUCAAAUCUUUUUUAGAAUAUCCUUUGAAUGAAGUCAAUAAGAAUGAAGGAAUGAGAGGAUUAUUUGGUUUAAAACAGAAGUCAAUUUACAGAAUACAAGCUGACACUAGAGAGAAAUGUCUUAUCCAGAGAUCAUCAAACCACAUUUUUUGGACUCCCAAGCACAUUAAAACUAGAAAACGUAUUUUCAAAGCUGUUCAGUGCAAUGAUAUUAAUCCUCAAGAAGAUCUUCCGUUAGCACUAAAUAACACAUUUGGCAGUAUAGGAAGACUGCUGGAAUGGAUGAUAAGGUGGUCUAAUAGACGACUACUCUGUGAUUCUGGUAUAACUGAGUCAUCCUCUGAGUACAGUCCAGUAAUUCAUGUAAAGACCUCUACAGCUGCCAUUCUUACAUCAUUAUGGCUUUUGGAACAACCCUAUUUUGCUACAUAUAAGGCAAAAAAUGCCAUUAUUAAGAUGGUAGAAAAUCGUGACCCUGGGUAUCAGAUUGGACCCAAUAUUGAGAGGGAGAGCAAAACAGUUGCUGGUGGUUCAGUUGCAGUAGCAACUCCAGAUGGAACUGAGGACAGAAAUGGUCAGAAUAAAUCUUGUCAAAAUAUCUUGAAUAGAAUGCCAACUGAAGCAAAAAAUUCUGAUAUAAAAGAAAUCAAUGAUGAUAUUAUUUCCAUCAUUCAUGAUACUAAAAAAGAAUUUAUAGAUAUUGAUGAGAAUCUUUUAAAAGUAGAAGCAUUUAUACAAGAGGAAAUGGAUAUACACAUGUCAGACUAUAAAGAAGACAUCAAAGAAUCUGUUGGAGGUUUCAGAAGUCCCAAUCUUGCCAUUUGCAUGAUGACUUUACCACAGCAGUUAGAAGAACAGUUUACAGAAGAGGUUCAGUCUCAAAAGGAAGAACUGCUGGAGACAAAUAUGGAGGAAAAAUCGACUGAACAGAAGAGUAUGAUUGAAGGCUUUUCACUUCCUGAUCAUACCACUCUUCAAUCAAUGCAAGUAGAUACAAGUUCAGAAAUUUCUAGUGCACAGAUUUCUACAUAUAAAGACAAAUCUUCCUCACUUCCACCUCUGAUAUCAAAUGGAGUCAAUGUUGCUUCACAAACACCUGUUCCAACACCUCAGAAGACCCAGAGAAAUGAAUGCAGGGAUCAGUUACCAGAUUGUUCUGAUUCCAUUAGGCAAAUGCUCCAAGAUGAAAUGUUUAAAUUAGUUCAGCUGCAGCAGAUCAACUUCAUGAGCCUAAUGCAAAUAGUAGGAUCAUCCUUUGCUAACCUCCCCAAUACGCAACAACUUCUACAGCAGUCUCAGUCUGUGCGUUUAGGGGGAAGCCAAGAAUCAAACCUAAGAGGAUGUGGUGAUGUUGAAGACAGCAACAAAAAUCUUGAGGAGAGAUUUUUUAUCAAAUCACAGUCAAUGGGAGAGAACACCAGAGAGCCUCACAAGAAUAGCCCAUACUGCCAUGAAGGAACUAUCCCAUCUGGUCAAAAUAGAAAUGAAAAUGUACAGAGUGUUCCACAUGGGAGUAUUCCUCUAUGUCAAUUAAAUGGCCUGCCCCAGAAAAGAGGACCAAUUCCAUCAUCUCAAAACUUACCAUCCAGUUUGUUUUAUCCAGCUCCUGCUGAAAAUACUAACCUCUACCUUUUGUCCACACCUUCUGUUGUUCAGAAGGCACCUAGACUUAUCCCACAUGCAAAAACAUUUAGUCCUGGUGAUGGUUUUCCCUUGCUUCAAUUUAAGCCUAAGCAAGAAUUCAAACCCCUUUUCUUACAUACAGGGAGCCUUCCACAAGUUCCCUUCAAGCCUCUGCCACAACAAAGAGAGGCUUGGGGAUUAUCUGAUUCCUUCCAGCCUGAUCCACCAGAAAGAGUGGCACAAACUAUACCAGCACCCCAUUUGAAUGUAAGCCAGUAUAAUACUGAAGCCAAAAAAAAAGAAGCUGAGCGCAAGACAUGGGCAGGAACUGUAAUUACAGAAAUUCCUAAGCAUGUGAACUUGGAUCAGUAUGUUGGACAAGAAAACUUGAGACCUCAACAGGACUCUUCAGUGUUUAUAAAACCAGAAAAACUAUUUGAUGUUAAGCCAGGGCCCCUUGAGAUACCUCCUCACCAUUCCUUUGGACUUCCGUUACUAUACCUGCCACUUAAACCUCCUGAUAGGUUUUCAUCAACCUCAAGAGCCUCAGUUACUGUUCCCUCAACACUCAUCCAACCUGUAGCAGAAGAAAGAAAAUACCCAAGCCUGUUAUUACUUCAUUCACAUUUGUCCCCAGAAAAUAUGUGCAAAAACCCACAACUUAUCCCACUUGAAAACCUCAUUGCGUUUAAACAAAGCCAACAGAAACUAACACAUAAUUUAUUUGAGCAAGGUGAUGCUGGACACCUUCAACUUCUAAAGGCCAAAAUAGAACCACCUGAAGUAAGACAAGGAAAGGACAGUAAAAAAAGGCAAAGAAGAAGAGCUGAGAAGCAGCUGGAAGAAAAAAGAUCUGAGAAACUGAGGAGAAAACCAAGUGUGACUUUUCGACCAGAGGAUUCCAUCAUUAAUAAUGAUGAUUCAGAAAUCAUUAAGCAACCCAAGGAACAACAAGAACAUUGUGAUUCCCAUCCUUUGGAUGACUUCGACAUUCCUUUUGAAAUGCUACAAGAUGAUAAUACUUCAGCUGGAUUACAUUUCAUGGCCUCUGUGAAAAAGAAAGCUAUAGGAAGUCAAGAUGCAAGUACAAAUACAGACCCAGGACAUGAGCCUUCGAAUGCUCCUCAGCUCUUGGUCCCAGAUGUAUAUCUAAAUCUGAAGCUUUCCACUGAAAUAUCAGAGAAACCUUUGUCACCCUCAAUACCUCAUACAGUAGCAAACUCGACUGGACAUACUUAUAUAAAUGUGAUUGACAUUGAAGCUGAUGAUCUUCUACAGGAAUUACCUGUGAGAGAAGAGCCUUCAAAUGGUAAUGUUAUCAAACAGCAAAGUGAUCAUCUAGAAGUUCCAUCAUCUGCAGAGUUACAUUAUAUGGCAGCUUCAGUUACUAAUGCUGUUCCUCCACAUAAUUUUAAGAGUCAAGAGGUGACUCCCACUUGUCUAGAUGGAAAAAGCUUGAGAGCAGGCAUUACUGAAGUGAAGGAGCCUAGUGUCACCUCACCUGCACCAUCAGACAUACAGCAGAACAAAGAUCUGCCAGAACCAGAGUUCCAAUUCAAAGGACAGAGCACAAAACCAGACUCUGCAGAUUAUUUGUUAUGGAAACUGCUGCAAGGUAUCUCUGCAGCUCGCCCUGCACCAAGCUCUACAGCUCACCAACUAGAGCAUCUCACUGCUAAGCUUCAGAAAAUUGACGAGCAGCUGCUAGCAAUACAGAACAUUGCUGAAAACAUAGAGCAGGAUUUCCCCAAGCCUGAAAUGCUAGAUCUACAUUGUGAUAAGAUUGGACCAGUGGAUCACACUGAAUUCUCUUCUGGCCCUGAAUUCAAAAAAACAUUAGCUUCAAAAACCAUUAGCAUUUCUGACAAAGUGCAUUUGUUGACUCAUAUGGAUGAAGAAGAUCAAAGUGACAAAAAGGAGACUUCAGAACCCGAAUUCUCAAUAACGGAAAAUCAUUCUGGUCAAAAAACCCAUGUGUUUUCUACUGCUGAUUCAGCUGUCAGCCUUUCCAGUGACCAGAAUACUACUUCUCCUGUCAUGAUAUAUCUUAUCUGCAUAACAAGUUUAAAAGCAAAUGAUGUCUUGCUUGUUAAAUUUCUCAGAAUUCAGCAUUCUUCUGGCAGACAUCCACAAAGAGCUGACAAGGAAAGAAGAAAGAUUCGAGCCUGGAUGAAAAGAAAACGAAAAGAAAGAAUGGCGAAGUACUUAAAUGAGCUGGCAGAAAAGAGAGGGCAAGAACAUGAUCCUUUCUGUCCCAGAAGUAAUCCACUUUACAUGACUUCAAGGGAAAUCAGGUUGAGUCAAAAGAUGAAGCAUGAAAAAGACAGAUUGCUGCUCUCUCAACACUACACUCGUCGAAUCUCACAAGCAUACAGUCUGAUGAAUGAACUGUUAUCUGAGUCAGUACAGCUACCAACAACUGCAUGGAAACCAUUGCCUAACAAAUCCAGCCCUGCUCAGUUUUCCAGAUAUCAACACUGCCCUUCUCCAAGAGGAGAGAAUCAGCCUGGUCACAGUUUUCUGAAAAAUCGACCUGGAAAAGUCAAAUAUACAUUUAAACCUAGUUGUAUCCAUAAGAAGUCUUUUGGGCAACCUCAAGACUCAUCUUUGCCACGUGGAACUGCCACUUUCACCAUACAGAAAAAAGCUGGUAGAGCCAAAGCAGUAGUAAGAAAAGUUAUGCAGUCUCCAGUUAUCUUCCAAAGAGGCUCUCAUGCUCCAUGUCAUAGUCUGCAGCAUAUAAAAAAACAUGGAAGUGCUGGGCUUGCACCUCAAACCAAGCAGGUGUGUGUAGAGUAUGAGAGAGAGGAGACUGUGGUGAGUCCCUGGACAAUACCUUCAGAAAUCCAUAAGAUUCUUCACGAGAGUCACAAUACCCUUCUACAAGACUUGUCUCCAACUGAAGAGGAAGAGCUGGAGCAUCCUUUUGGGGUGGGUGGCAUGGACAGUGUGUCUGAGAGCACUGGCAGCAUCCUCAGCAAGCUGGACUGGAACGCCGUCGAAGACAUGGUGGCCAGCGUGGAGGACCAGAGCCUGUCUGCUCCCUGGGCUCUGGACCUGUAAGACAUGGAUAUCAUCCUGUUUCCAUGGACAGGCCAGCACCUCAGUAAUGUGGUUGUGAAAGUAUGGGACAGAAGCAAUGAAAGAAGUAAUGUGAAUUUACCACCUGCUGUCAUAUUACUACCUGGAUUAGUCAUUUCAAGAGGAAAAAUAAACAUUUCUCAAUAACUUUAACUUCAUGGGGAAAAGGUUGUUUGAUUAUAGAUGUAUUAAAUGUUUUUGUAUUUGAUGCAUCAUUAGGCAUAGUUUUUAAAAUGAUAAGUACCUUUCAAGUUUGCAUAACCUACUUUCAAUAAAACCCCUCUAUCUUGCCUCCUC